AUGAGCACACACAGUGUCCGAAACUCGCUGCCAGACCAUCUAAGCUUGGACGCUAAUGCAGAUGAGGAAACUCUUCUUGAUGAAGAAGUUGACAACCUUCAUGAUGCUUCUGGAACUCAGAUUCGCAGAGGACGCAAGACUACCGAAUUUUGGGCGGUUAGGACCAUCGAUUCUGACGGCACAAUCAAGCCGGCAAAACUAAGUGUGAGGGAGGCUAUGAAACGGCCUAACGGUAGGAAGAUCGUGCUUAGGUUCAACAAUGCAAAGCAAGCUAUUGGGGACGAAGCUGGAGUGUUGAGUGGCGUGCUUGGUUUACUGGGAUCUGAUUUUGGAAAAUUUCCCAUCUGUAGAACAAGUUGGCGUGAGAUUACCACGAAAGACAAGGUCUAUAACGAAUGUGUCAAGCAAAUAUUCCACUUUGAUGAAGACAGCGAAGGACUUAUAAAGAAAAAUAUUUUGAAAAGUAUGGGAAAGUCUUGGAAGGAAACAAGGCUGAGGUUGUAUGACCGUUUUUAUGAGCCAACAUUCACGACUGAACAAAAUCUUGAGAAUCGGCCGCCGGGAAUUGAUCGAGAGCAUUGGAGAUGGUACCUUGACUAUCGCGCCAAACCUGAGACGAAGGAGAAGUGCAAGAAAAACGCGGUCAAUCGAUCAAAACAACAAUAUACUCACACUGGCGGCUCGAAAAGCUUCGCACGGCGGAUGGAAGAAGAGUCGGAAGAACAAGGAAAGAUAGUCGGUAGAGGGGAGUUGUGGAUCAAGGUGCACAAGAAAAAGGAUGGCUCAUAUAUCAAUGAUGAAGCGAGAGCAAUUGGUGAAAGAAUUGAGGAGAUCGAGCAACAGGAUGAGUCUUCUAGAAUGUUGUCUCAGAAUGAUUCCAUUGCUCAAGUUUUCGGAAAAGAGAAACUGGGUAGAGUACGUGGUAUGGGAUCUGGACCGACUCCUAGCCAACUCUUCGGUCCGAAUUCACAUGCAUAUGGCAACGGAGUCCAACAAGAGGAGACCCAGAGGAAGCUGCUUGAACUGCAGGCAGAGCUGGAAGGCGAGAAGUUGAAGAGAAAGGCGAUGGAGGAUGAGGCAGCAUCAGAUAAGAAAAAAUUGAAGGCGAUGGAGAGUGCUCUAAUUUAUCUGUUUCAACGGCAGGGUGAGGAGCUUCCCCCAGAAAUCGCUGCAGGAAUGAGUUUCGUGGAAUGA